AUGAAAAAUGGACGAAACUGUGCUCAGAAUCGAUUGUCAAGUGACAGUACAUUAACAGAGCAUCUUCUGCAGAAUUAUGACAACCAUUCCUUCAUUUGGGAGAAGCAGCCAACUUUUUCUGAAUUCUUGAAUAGAAUAAAACUAAAAUAUCCUGAUAAAUGUUAUUUCCAAGCGAGGCAGUUCAGCUUGAGUUUCCUCAGCAGCUUACUAACAUCCACGAAAAGAUCGUUAACCUUCAAUAUAGACAAGUGCAUUCUGUUGCCUCACAUGAUAAAUUUAAACGUCUUUGUGAUGCAGUUUCUGAAGUUUUCAUUGCAAAAUAGCUGCAACAACAUUUUAAAUCAUGAUCCAAUUCGAUUGGAGUCUUUUCAUUUUUUUGAUAAAAACGAGUGCCAGUUUUUAGAAAACUCAGAAAAAUGGUGGUCAUCGGAUAAGAGCAUGAGGUUUCCAAUGUAUGGGCUACUCUUUCAGCACUCUGUCCUAUUAGAGGUUCCUUCGGAGGCUUUCAAUAAGAAAGUUUCAAUGAAAUUAAGAAGAAAAAGUGAAAAGGUAGCGUUAGACAGUUUAUUCCUGACAAAAUUAUCUCUCUCUGAUGACGUCAACAAAAUGGCCGGCGAUGAGAAUGAUUUGUGCGAUGGUUCUGGCGCGAAACUGAUUGAAGAAACCGACCUGAGUAUGCUGGACGUCGUUAAGGAUGUGCCAUUAAAGAGUUGGUUCCGUAUUUACAAAUGUAUUUAUGGUAUCUUGGACAUGCUUGGUUGGCUGUAUAGUGUAAUGGUCAAGAUGCCCGCCUUGUCCUCCUGCUCUUGCAGUGACGUUGUUCGAAUGCAAAAUGAUUCUCGCCUACCCACGCAAAUGAUAUCAGCGUUGAUUUUGACUCACGCGUGUUUAAACGCGCUGAGUUGUAAAUUAUUUGGAAUGCCUCUGAGACGUACUUAG